UCUCUCGCAUUCCCGCAGGCCAUGCAGCACGUGCAUAAUGAUUCCGAUUUUAAGUACUGGAAUUGUCCCAGCGUCUGUAGGUAAUCCGUGUUUAUGAACUUUAUGAAGGACGGCAUGGAACCAGGUGCUAGUUAUGCUGCGGAGAGGCGUUGUACGUUGGUAACGCCGAUCAGAGUUUGUGUAUAAUUACCCAGUGAUAAUGCAUAUACGGAAAUAGGUUAAGUAUAUUGGUGGGUAUGGUAUGUGACGAGAGAAAUUUGCAGAGAACUAGAUAUAGCUUGGUGUGAAAAAUAUCAGAUUUGUUCUCCAUAUGGCUUACGCCAGUGAAGGAUAAAGUGGAUAGAACUGUUAGAUUCGGGCGUUUUCAGUUCAAAUUUCGGCCAGAAGGCUGGCUAUCGUGAGGAAUAUUUUUCAUAGUUUUCCCCAGCCUUUCCAGGCAAAUGCCAGAACAGUACCUGGAAUUAGACUACGGCUCCGUCUUUACACAUAAUUCCAGUUCACUAUUAUAUAAUAAUCCAAUAUUCCACUUUUGUAAUCUUGAAAGCAUCGUUAAUUAAUAAAUAAGUAAAUGGAGAAACAUUCUGGUAUUGAAUAUUGAGGUUUCAUAAAGGGUGAAAUAUUUCUUGGCUAGUGGGGAGACCAGGUUUCUUAAGAAGGACUUGCUCCAAGAAGAUUGUUGGAAGACAUUAACUCAUUACUACACUGGUGUGAUAUUUAUACAGGAAGGAUGCUAGAUUUAAUGUGUUACACGAUCUUAGAUGCAUAAAACUGCACUGUUUUCACUCAUGAGACAUACUGCAGCCAUGACAGUGAGAUCUCAACCAAGCUCUGACACGGCAGCAUUUCGUGAGCUACUGAGCAAAUCCAAGCAUGUCGUCGUGCUGUCAGGAGCUGGAGUGUCAGCAGAGUCUGGUAUUCCUACAUUUCGAGGAUCUGGUGGUUUCUGGCGUACAUACCAAGCUCAGGAUCUAGCCACACCUAGAGCCUUUGCAAGGGAUCCCUCUCUGGUGUGGGAAUUCUACCAUUACCGUCGUGAACUUGUCCUCACAAAAGAACCCAACAAGGCUCAUUUGGCACUCUCAGAAUUUGAGAAGAAUUUGGAAGUUAAUGGCAGAAAGUUGUCCUUGAUUACACAGAAUAUUGAUGGUCUGCAUCAAAGAGCUGGAUCGCAGAAUGUCAUAGAAUUGCAUGGUUCUCUGUUCAAGACUCGCUGCACGGAGUGUGGAGAGGUGGCAGACAACAGGAACAGUCCAAUAUGUCCUGCUUUGGCAGGGAAAGGAGCGCCAGAUCCACAGGCCACAGCGGCCCGGAUACCUGUGUCUGAGUUGCCACAGUGCCACUGUGGAAGUUUGCUAAGACCGCAUGUGGUGUGGUUUGGAGAGAGCCUAGACACUGCAGUGCUAAAUGAAGCAGAAGAUGCACUGGAGAGUUGUGACAUAUGCCUUGUAAUUGGGACAUCAUCUGUAGUGUACCCAGCUGCAAUGUUUGCUCCUACGGUGGCUCGGCGAGGGAUACCGGUUGCAGAAUUCAACCUUGAGAAAACACCAGAAACUUAUAACUUUCAAUUCCAUUUUGAAGGUCCAAGCGGAAUAACAGUACCAGAUGCACUGGCAGUUUGAGAGAGGAGACCACAGCAUCAUAAAAGUGUUUAGUCGUGUGUGUACUAAUGAAGUACUGUAAAUCUGUCACAAAUGUAAUUUUUGUUGUUGGAAUUUAGUAACAGAUCACAAGCCCAACUAAAAACACUGGCGACAGUGGCAGAUUUUUUGAGAAUAAAGCCAAAAGUGCAGGAUUUUACUAAAAAUGUAAUGGCUAUAGAAAUGAAAAUACAGAUUCAUGAAGUCUGAUAA